AUGAAACGCAACCGCUGCUGCGUUGUACCGUUUUUAUUGCUUGCAAGUGCCCAGGGCUUUGGAACCAAGUUUGCGCCGUUGAAUCACUAUGGUUCCGUGACAGGAUACCAUCAGUGCUGCAGCAACAGCCGGCAAAGCAACACCGUCGUUUCCUGUCAGCGUGCGGAAGGGAGUGCGGAAAGGGACAACCGUAUAGACCCUAAUCCGGAGGCGUUGCAGCAAUGGUUCUCGAGCGUGGGAGGAGCUAUUGGCCCUGUUGGUUUGGAGGAAACGCCUCGGUUUGGGUGGGGGUUGAAGGCGGAGCGAGAUAUCGAGCUCGGGGAGAAGCUGGCGACAAUCCCCAGGUGCAUGUGCAUUGGCAGCACCGCCGCCGUGCAAGGCGAAGAGGGCGCAGACGAUAACAACGGUGUCCUCGAGGAGGACAAGUCUUGGAUGGGACCGCCCGAAUUGCAGGCUCUCGUCGAGAAAGUCCCUCGCACGUACCCGGACCUUAGGCUUGGUCUUGUUCUUCUGCACGAGCGUUACAAGACGGGCUCCUCCUCCGAGUGGGAGUCGUACAUUUCGAACCUCCCGAAGCGCUUCAAGGGCGUCCCCUUGGCGUCCUUUGGCGCCGUCGAAAUGAGAGGCAUGCAAGACAUGGCGCUUGCCGGGAAGAUCGAUCAAAGGUGUAAAUUUAUGAUGAGUUUCAUCAAGCGUGUGCUGGACCCCUUGACCCCGGGGCCGGGCUCUCCGUUCGGAGAGCACCGAGUGGGCUUCGGCGAUCUGGCCUGGGCAACCGCGGCAGUCAGCAGCAGGGCGUUCACCCGCUUGGACGGCGGGGGGGGGGAGUUGCGGGAGUCUAGGUCGCUGCUGGUGCCCUUCAUGGACUUGCUGAACUUCAACUUUGUUCAGGGGAACGUCCAGGUGAUCUCGGCUUGGCCGAGAUAUCGCGGUGACGGCGGCGACGGCCGGGAGGGGAUCUUGGUGGAGUUCGACGAGGAAGAGUGGGAGUACGAGAGGCCGGAAGAGCCAGAGGUCUGGCUGAUCGCGACUCGCCCCGUGGCUGCCGGCGACAGCCUGGAGGUGAAGGAGGACUACAGCAACGAGCGACGGCUGUGCAACUAUGGGUUCGUGGACAUCAACCGACGAAGAGAGCGCAACCAUUUUAGGUUCGAGAAGAAGAUCCUGAGAGCCGCUCGUAUCCACGCCGGCAUCCUAGACGAGCAGUUCGGGUCGAAGUUCGAGCAAGACGGCUUGGAACCGUGGCAGCAGCGGGCCCUGAUUGAGCUUAAGCUAGACGGACCGGAGCAAGACCUUACGGUCUACUUGGGGGGGGACUCAACGAGCGGGAGGUUGCCGGUGGACGGGCGUCUGCUGGCAGCUUUGCGGGUAAUGUUCACGCGUAGCAGGAGGGAGAUGGAGGGCAAGACCGUGAGCGAGCUCAGCAGGUACAAGACGGGGAAGCUUUCCGACUACGUUGAACGUCGUGUGCUAGCGACGGUGCUGGGUCUGGUGAGCGUCUACGGGCAGCGGUGGCCCAGCACGCAAGAGCAAGACGAGGAGAUUCUCUAUGGACGGCAAGUGCCCCCCAGCUACCGAGAGAAGCUGAGCUUACCGCCGCCAUGGCAAGACAGGGUCCUGCCGGAGGUGCCUGUGGGCCACCUUGAGACCCGGGAGGUGGCCUGGGCAAACGCUUUGCAGGCAAGGGGGUCGGACACGAAGGAGGGGUGCGGGGAGAAGGAGGUUCGCGACCACGGCAACGAGGGUGAGCACCAAGGCAGGAAGAAAGACGGGGUGGUCGGGGCGCAAGACGUCGAGGAGGCCGAGGACGAGCAGGAGGGUGAAGAUGGAGGCGAUGAUGACGAUGACGUCCUGCGCGUAAAUCCGGAGCUGAGCUGGGAAAUGUCGCAGGCGGUUGCGUUCCGCUAUGCGAAGAAGAGAACGCUCAGCGACGUGUCGCUCAUCGCGACGGCCGAGCUUAGAGAUAUGGGGCUUGUGGAGGGGAUGCUGGAGAACGCCAAAAUCGACGUCCGGUCCUUCGCCAAUGGAGGACUGGAAGGACGUUACCCCGUCGUGGACGAUGGCGAGCUGCCUCUCCAAGAGUAA